UCGGCGCUGGGGUAUGCGGUACCGGCUAGCGUGGCUGCUGCACCCCGCGCUGCCCAGCACCUUGCGCUCCAUCCUCAGCGCCCGCCUGCGGCCCCCGGAGCGUCUGUGUGGUUUCCAAAAAAAGACUUAUAGCAAAAUGAAUAAUCCAUCUAUCAAGACAAUAGAAGAUGACAUUGUCAAAUCUCCUGAAGAUAAACGAGACUACCGUGGACUAGAACUGGUCAAUGGCAUCAAAGUGCUCCUCAUCAGUGACCCCACCACGGAUAAGUCAUCAGCGGCACUCGAUGUGCACAUAGGUUCAUUGUCAGACCCUCCAAAUAUUGCUGGUUUAAGUCAUUUUUGUGAACAUAUGCUUUUUUUGGGAACAAAGAAAUAUCCUAAAGAAAACGAAUACAGCCAGUUUCUCAGCGAACAUGCAGGAAGUUCAAACGCCUUUACUAGUGGAGAGCAUACCAAUUACUAUUUUGAUGUUUCUCAUGAGCACCUAGAAGGUGCCCUAGACAGGUUUGCACAAUUUUUCCUGUGCCCCCUGUUUGAUGCCAGUUGUAAAGACAGAGAAGUGAAUGCUGUUGAUUCAGAACACGAGAAAAAUGUGAUGAAUGAUGCCUGGAGACUCUUUCAGUUGGAAAAAGCUACAGGGAAUCCCAAUCACCCCUUCAGCAAAUUUGGAACAGGUAAUAAAUACACACUAGAAACUCGGCCCAACCAAGAAGGCAUUGAUGUCAGACAAGAGCUACUGAAGUUUCAUUCGACUUACUAUUCAUCCAAUUUGAUGGCUAUUUGUGUGCUCGGUCGAGAAUCUUUAGAUGACUUGACUAACCUGGUUGUAAAGUUAUUUUCUGAAGUAGAGAAUAAAAAUGUCCCGUUGCCAGAAUUUCCUGAACACCCUUUCCAAGAAGAACAUCUUAAACAACUAUAUAAAAUUGUACCCAUUAAGGAUAUUAGGAAUCUUUAUGUGACAUUUCCCAUACCAGACCUUCAGCAGUACUACAAGUCAAAUCCUGGUCAUUAUCUUGGUCAUCUGAUUGGACAUGAAGGACCUGGAAGUCUGUUAUCAGAACUUAAAUCAAAAGGCUGGGUAAAUACCCUGGUUGGUGGACAGAAGGAAGGAGCUCGUGGUUUUAUGUUUUUUAUCAUUAAUGUGGACUUAACCGAGGAAGGAUUAUUACAUGUUGAAGAUAUAAUUUUGCACAUGUUUCAAUACAUUCAGAAGUUACGUGCAGAAGGACCUCAAGAAUGGGUUUUCCAAGAGUGCAAGGACUUGAAUGCUGUUGCUUUUAGGUUUAAAGAUAAAGAGAGGCCACGGGGCUACACAUCCAAGAAUGCAGGGAAAUUGCAUUACUAUCCCUUGAAAGGAGUACUCACAGCAGAGUAUUUACUGGAAGAAUUUAGACCUGACUUAAUAGACAUGGUUCUUGAUAAACUCAGACCAGAAAAUGUCCGGGUUGCAAUAGUUUCCAAGUCAUUUGAAGGAAAAACUGAUCGUACAGAACAAUGGUAUGGUACUCAAUACAAACAAGAAGCUAUACCAGAUGAAGUCAUUAAGAAAUGGCAAAAUGCUGACCUGAAUGGGAAAUUUAAACUUCCAACAAAGAAUGAAUUUAUUCCUACAAAUUUUGAGAUUUUAUCAUUAGAAAAAGAAGCAACACCAUACCCUGCUCUUAUUAAGGAUACAGCAAUGAGCAAGCUAUGGUUCAAACAAGAUGAUAAGUUUUUCUUGCCGAAGGCUUGUCUCAACUUUGAAUUUUUCAGCCCAUUUGCUUAUGUGGACCCCUUGCACUGUAACAUGGCCUAUUUGUACCUUGAGCUCCUCAAAGACUCACUCAACGAGUAUGCAUAUGCAGCAGAGCUAGCAGGCUUGAGCUAUGAUCUCCAAAAUACCAUCUAUGGGAUGUAUCUUUCGGUGAAAGGUUAUAAUGACAAACAGCCAAUUUUGCUAAAGAAGAUUACUGAAAAAAUGGCUACCUUUGAGAUUGAUAAGAAAAGAUUUGAAAUUAUCAAAGAGGCGUAUAUGCGAUCUCUUAAUAACUUCCGGGCUGAGCAGCCUCACCAACAUGCCAUGUACUACCUCCGCUUGCUGAUGACUGAAGUGGCUUGGACUAAAGAUGAAUUAAAAGAAGCCUUGGACGAUGUCACCCUCCCUCGCCUUAAGGCCUUCAUACCUCAGCUACUUUCACGACUGCACAUUGAAGCACUUCUCCAUGGCAACAUAACAAAGCAGGCUGCAUUAGGAAUCAUGCAGAUGGUUGAAGACACCCUGAUUGAACAUGCGCAUACCAAGCCUCUCCUUCCAAGUCAGUUGGUUCGGUAUAGAGAAGUCCAGCUCCCUGACAGAGGAUGGUUUGUUUACCAACAGAGGAAUGAAGUUCACAAUAACUGUGGUAUCGAAAUAUACUACCAGACAGACAUGCAGAGCACCUCAGAAAAUAUGUUUCUGGAACUUUUCUGUCAGAUUAUCUCUGAGCCUUGCUUCAACACGCUGCGCACCAAGGAGCAACUGGGCUACAUUGUUUUCAGUGGGCCCCGUCGAGCCAAUGGCAUACAGGGCUUACGAUUCAUCAUCCAGUCAGAGAAGCCACCACACUACCUGGAAAGCAGAGUGGAAGCCUUCCUGAUUACCAUGGAGAAGUCCAUAGAGGAAAUGACAGAAGAGGCCUUCCAAAAACAUAUUCAAGCAUUAGCAAUUCGUCGACUAGACAAACCAAAGAAAUUAUCUGCAGAGUGUGCUAAAUAUUGGGGGGAAAUUAUCUCCCAGCAAUACAACUAUGAUAGAGAUAACAUAGAAGUUGCAUAUUUAAAGACACUUACCAAGGAAGACAUCAUCAAGUUCUACAAGGAAAUGUUGGCCGUGGAUGCACCAAGGAGGCACAAAGUAUCCGUCCAUGUUCUUGCCAGAGAAAUGGAUUCUUGUCCUGUUGUUGGAGAGUUCCCAUGUCAAAAUGAUAUCAAUUUGUCACAAGCACCACCCUUGCCACAACCUGAAGUUAUCCAGAACAUGACUGAGUUCAAGCGUGGCCUGCCACUCUUUCCCCUUGUGAGACCACAUGUUAACUUUAUGGCUGCAAAACUCUGAAGGUGUCCCAUAGUGGGAAAGUAUAAACGGAUAUACCUGUUCCUGAGUCUUCCAGGGUUUGGGAAAACAAUCUUGGACAUUUGAAUAGUUUCUGGUUCACUAUUAGAGAAACAAACAGGGAAAAAAGUUGUCAAAUGUCAUAUAGAAUGUUAAAAACCCAAAGUAAUAAAGUUAUAAAAUCUUAGACAUGUAGAAUAUUUUUAAAAUACAUGCCUCUUAAAGACCUUAAAUUUUUUCUUUUCAUUCCUAAUAGAAAUGUUCCUUAUUUAACUGCUUAAAAUAAUGAAUUAUAUUCUAAUAGUCAUUUGUCAGAAGAAAAUAAAAGUUAGCUUUUCUCUAAAAACCUCCUAGGUUGGCAGAAAAGGCUUCAAAACAUUUAGAAAAGUGUUACCUUUUAAAAAAAUUGAUCCUCAACUUUGCUUUCUAUUUGAUAGUUUCAUGUAAAUCAGUGGAGAAUAUUACAUUUGGUAAAUUAUGCACAAAGCAAUGUCAUUUUCUUUUAUUAGUGAAAUUGCUGGUUAUAUGUGGCAUGAUUUUAACCUUUUUAUAAAAUUUGAAUAUUUUUUUUAAUCCAACUAGUAAAACGCUGGAAAAACCUAGAAUACCCUAUUUAUAGUGCUAGAAACACAGAUUCACCUUAUAUCAAUUUUGUCCCAAACUGAAUUUCUCAGGAUUACUGUGGGUUGUUUUUUUUUUUUUUUUUCCUGACUGGAUUCUAGUGACUUUUUUUGUUGUUAAUAGUUGGUUUGCAGUGUUCCAUCAGGUAUAUAUUUUAUCAUCAAUGCAUUGCUGUAUGGAGUGUGUGACAUGCUGUUCUAACAUCAGCUGUUGUAAGCACCCAUAGCUUUAUUACAGUGAGAUUUUGAUUAGUGUGUGAACCAAAACAUUUUGCCCCUUUAGGAAUUUAAAAGGCAACAAUGCAAAGCCGCCUCAAAAAUAACCUUGCAUUCUUCAGUAGCAAGUCUCUGUAAGACUCAAGCCCCUACCAGUCUAAUCUUGCCUUAAGUGUUAUUUUUGGAAUAUUAUAAAAAUAAACAUACAGAUGAUGACUGGACUUUAAAAAUAUUUUUUUCAUGAGAUACUAUUUUUCAGUGAAAAUGUUAUUGUAGAUUUACCAGCCAUUUAAAAUACUAGUUUGCCGGGUGUGGUGGUGCACGCCUUUAAUCCCAGCACUCGGGAGGCAGAGGUAGGAGGAUCAUUGUGAGUUCAAGGCCUCCCUGAGACUACAUAAUGAAUUCCAGGACAGCCUGGGCUAGAGCGAGACCCUACCUCAAAAAAAAAAAAAAAAAAACACCAUAAAAUAUUAGCUAUUAUUAAAACUUGUUUCAAGAGAAAUUGUGGCUGUAUUUCGACAUACAGACAUUGGAAACAGUAAGUGGUCCUGCUGUCCACUGACUUAGGCAAAGUAAAGAAUGACAUUUUAAUUCUAAAAGACUUGAUUUGCCAGGACAUCUUUUGUAGUCUUGACUUUUCACAUCUUAAGUUUUACCAUUUGCCAUUUUCCAACUUUUCUCAAUUUGGGGCAACUGUGGAGGCUGCUUUCAACAGUGGAGCUCCAUCUCUACUGUCAUGUCAAUGUGGUGCUUUAACUGUCUUGUAAUCCACAUCCUCAAGAGGCUCCUUGUAGAAACCUGGCUUUGUCCAUCAGGGGUUCUAUGACGUCCUCUCUUCCUUCUGGCUUUGUGCAUCUAUCUACUAUGCACCUUGAACUCCUAAUCUCCUGCCUCCACUUCCUAAGUGCUGGGACUACAGGCAUGAGCCACCACAGCCAGCAUGACUAUGCAGCUUUUCAUCCAACUGCAGAUAGACACAAGAGGAAUCUAAAACAAGUCCUGGUGUAAAAGUAAAUAGAAAUCCACCUACCUUUUCUGUAGAAAAUUACAUGAUGUUGAAUAAUUUUUAGCUCUGUUUUCAAAAUGGGUAAAAUUUUAAAGCAUGCCAUUUUUAUGAGGAAAGGUACCUGAAGAGAGAUCUGAAAGCAUCCACAAGUAGUCUUCCAUGAACUGCUCUGGUGGUCAGUGUGUUCCUGCAUGUUCUGUCUCCAGAGCUACUGUGGGUCCCUCGGGCACACCAGUGGACUCAUCUUAAGUGGGUCCCAGGUUACAGUCCAUAAGCAAUAAGAGACUCCCCAGAGACUGCCAUUUCCUCGGUGUGUAGCAAGUGAGGUAUGGAAGGAAACACACUGUUUGUUAUUAGUUACUGGAGACUUUUAAAGUCUUUGAUCAAUUGAUGUGAAAAUGAAAGCAUGUGACACUGCCAGUAUGGUGGGUCCUAGGAUUGUCCUGUUUACAAUAAAUCUGAAUUUGAACUCUG